CUUGUUAAAGAUAUCGCUCUAUCAAAUGGAGUGAUGCUUUAACCUCACUUUCCACUGUCUCGGAGGUUGUGUAAAGAGCACUUGUGUUUUUAAAUAACAGAAACUGUCAGAAAUGGAGACGGCAGAUACAGAGCCGGACGACAAGUCGAAAGCGGUAAUGCUGUUAGGCCGGGACAUCAGGAAGGUUACCUGCUUCAAGAACAGUGUACUGUUUGGUAUCUACAGCGGUGUCGCGGCCGGCUUAGUCACCUUCCUGUUCACGAGUCGCGUCAGACUCGCGACGAACGUGGCAAUGGGUUCCUACAUGGGUGUUUCCUUAUCUUACUGGUGUUUCUGCCGAUACACCUUUGUGAAGAACAAAUACGCUAUCACUGCAAUGCAAAACAGGAUACAGGAGACGCGAGGAACAAGAGCGAUAGGAACCUUGCAGAAUAAUGACCAGCAAAAGAUGGAGGACGCUUAGGGAACAUUCUGUUCAAAUGCUGAAAACCUUUGAGAUUAUGUAACGGCUGCAUUGCGCGCAACAUAAUAUUAGGUUGAUCAGCAUAGUAUGUACAGUGUAACACAUGAUUAAGAUUGCUGUAUUAUUUAAGAGUCUCUUGUGAGAGAAUUGUGGAAUAAAUAUUCUAAAAAUAAUUUCUUAAACAGCUUGUACAGCAUUUCUGAACAGUGUCAUUGUAGAAUAUUUCGUACUUUGGGAUUGUUAUUUUAAGUACAUAUGUAUAUACAAGAGUGUGCGCUAAUUUUGUAUAAAAGUCAAAUUCACUUGUAGAAUUGUAAUACGAUCGCGUGAAGCGCAUUGUAUGAUAAUUUAGUUAAUGAUGUCAAUGGAAAAACGACUGGAUUGUUUGCAAUCGCGAUGUGUAAUUUCUUUAGAAUAAAACCACUGUCCAAACACAA